GGAUCAUUUCACGAGUGAUAUAGGAAUCGCACUCCUUUCCCUUAGAGUUGAAUGAUGUUAUUCAUGACGUAUACAGAGUGUUGACGGUAGAUGGCAACAAGGCGUACAAUUUGCUUGAAGGUGACACAUUACUCUUCUCCUGUCAUCUAGGCUUGAGUGAGCUAACUGAAACGUGUGUCAUGGAUCUUCUAGGAAUCCACGACAAGGUUCUCAGUGCCCUAAUGUGCCGUUCUGAUGAUGAUUCAGAUGAGUUUAAAGAGGUUCUCAAGAGGUCCACAAAGUAUAUGCUGGUUUUCCUUCUCUCGUUUCUUGACUAUAAGGAGCUUUCUGAUGAUUUGGCCUCGCAACUUAUUGCAUUUGUUCUUAACUUGUGCCGAUUAUACUCAACGCACCCAAGCUUGGUGGAUCACUGGCUUGGCGUGAGCUUGAAAGAACCUGAUAUUUCGUAUACGUUGUACAACAAGAUGUCAACCAUAAACUGUUUCCCUGUGUAUGAAAUUGCAAGGCUAUUCCUACUUCUGGAGGAUCAGAACGUUGACAUUGCAAGAGAAAGUCUACAGUUACUCGUUUGCAUUAGUAAUACAUCAGUGUACUUGGAGGAAUGGCUCAUUGAAAGCGAUUUCCUGGACUCAAUACUAGCGGGCGUUCUCUUGAAUUUCAAUAGACUUCCUGGUACAUGUUUCGACAAAGACGAGUUCUUGUUAACCACCAAAUCCUUUGAAAAGUUUGACGCCAGUUUAACAUUUGUUAUGAAGAUAUUGAGGACUUCGAAGAGCAAUAGCUUGAGGAUUCUUCUUAUGAAUGCUUUGGAUACAAAGUUCCUUUCUCCUUUAAUAGAAAUGCUCAGCUCAAAGGAUGUUCGCUACUCUAAUGUGUUGCAAAUUCUAUUAUUCACACUUGAAAGGAUUAUUAUUCCUGACAGCGAAUAUCUAAGUCCACAACAUGAGUCCUUAUUGGAAUGCUUUUCAGACCACCACCUCGAUGCGAAUCAUAAGACCACUACAGACAUCCUAGAUUUGUUCACUCGUGCGGUGCGAAAUUACUACUUUGAUGAUCCAAAUAUUGUGAUAAGCUUGUUGAACAUUAUUGGUAUACUUGCACGUUCCCGAUCGAAUUUGGUUUUGCAAAGAACUAUACUUGAUAUCGCAGAAGAUACCCCAUUCUUCAAAUCCCCGAUGGUACUUGCUUCAUGGGCAUCAAAAAUUAUACGGAUUCAAAGAGAUCAACCAGACUUGAAAGAUGAAGCAUUUGAGAUCUUUAACCACGCAAUGAUUAAUAUGAGACACACUCGGCUAGUACUGGACUCAUUCAAAACAAGAACUCUAACCUUCAAGGAUGAAGGACCCAUUAGUGGUUUACUUUGUCUACAGCUUAGCUUGUUCUUCACAAACACAUUGGAGAUUAACGAUGCUUUGAUCAAUGUAUUGUCAGACAUAUGUCAGGCAAAUGGUGGUUUGGUUACGGACGUGUUUAUUACUGAGUCUCUUGAUAAUCAAGACUUAAUGGUCCUAAUUUGGAACUACUUAUGGAUAAGUUACGACUCUUAUUCAAAGCAGAUACAGCGGGAUAAUAUUGUAACUAGUAUGGUUCCCGUGAGUGAAUCGCUACGUGAGCUGUUGAAAAGGUUGGCAUAUGGUGAAGAUCAUCACGAGCAGCAAACACCUUCAGACAUUGGUCUUGAAAGUCUAAAGAUGUUUCGCUACGUCGUUAAUAAGUUAUUUGUUGUUAGUCAAGCAUCAUUGAUUCUCAACAACAUUUCAUUUCCAAAUCUUUGACCGUCAUGAUUUAGACAAGGCUAUGCAUAUGUACGUAGUAGUACAUAUGUAGUCUACAAACUUAAAGUCUUAUGCAAUUAAUAAAAGUGCUGGUCGUGGUAUUCAGAUUGUAGUCGCAGCGUGAUGUUCUUUGGAAUUGUUCCAGGUAAACAUGUCCGCUCUGAUAACAUCAAGCAACGUUUACAUGAUGUUUUCUACGUUUGUCGAUGAAGAUUCCGAAGAUUUGUGUGAUGUAGCCAUUCUACGUUAUAAUAAUGACGUAUGAGAGGUAUUCAAAAGCUUAUGCCCAUGUGAUGGACUUUCUAAACGAAUGAUCACAAGAGUGGUGCCACGUCUAUCUUUGGUUUAUACGUUGUUUUUACGAGAGC